UAUGGACAAUUAUUUUUUCAGAUGCCUCGAAGAGCAGUAUCAUCCAGAGGUAGAGAACAUAGCCAGCAUCUGUCUAUGAAUGAAAUAGAUGAGGCAGUACAGGUGCAGGAGGAAAUACUGGAGCACACUCCACAAGCAUUAGGGGGCCAAGCAAACGCAUCCUCAUCAUCAUCAGUUCGAACUAGAGGUCCGAAUUUGGGACAUCCUAUCCCAUCAAACCCGUCUGAUCGACAAUUGAUUAGAUUGAAAGGAACUGUUUUUUUAGAUUCUACGGUUACUAGAUCAAUCACUAAUGACAUUAAGAUGCGCUAUACUGCUCCAUGGAAAACUUGGUCAGAAAUACCUUUAAAGACAAAAGACGAGCUCUUCGGACUUUUUCGAAGUCGAUAUGCAUGGGAUGAGAGUGAAGAAGGUAUGAAAAGAUCAGAUGAAAUCAUUGAAGAACAAAAAUAG